CCUAGGUCCAACUUACAGCUUGGUCCAACUUAACGUCUGCACAGAUCGUUCUGGAAAUGUUAUUUCUGUGUAAGAAUUUAAAAACGAGCAGCAACACACUCUUAAGGUAGUUAUGUAUUCGUGUAUUUAAUUUCCUGCAAUUUUCAAUGACAAACGUGUUUCCUUUAAGGCACUGCUAGUGAAAUUAAUGUGCCAGCAACUCGUUUAAAGCACAUUUAUAUUCUUUGUUAUUAUGUAGGAAAUCAAUUUCCCUGUGAUUUAUCAAGAAAUUCAUUUAACCUUCUAUUUUCAUUACUGCAUGGUUACCAAGAAGCACACAAUCCCGAGAAACAUUGUCCAUGCACGGACAGGGAAAGCUUUCGUAGUGUAUCCGAGGUUUUACUCCAGGUCACUGCAGGCAAACAAAGGCCUCAUACAAAUAUUUAUAGAGAUCUUAUCAACCAGCCAUGCUCAGUUCUUCUAAUUAUUGACGUCCACCGGAUUCCCUUUUUUCUCUUGGUCUAUUUAAACCACAAGAAGAUCAUAUUUUGUUUGGAAAUCCGAAGAUAUAUAUUCUGUGACCCCCUGAGAGAAGCAAUCCGUUGAACUGUUACUAUUUAAAUGAUAUCUGCUUCAAAAUAGCUGUGACUGUCACGCCACGUCCUGUGGGUAACUUAUGAGAGAUGCAUAAAACCGUUACUUCUACGACAAAGCGGGCACCGGAUCUUAACUUGCCCUCCCUGAAGACCCAUGCCCGGAGCAACAUUCAAAAGACUCUCCAAGAAAUUGAAGGAUACGUAUCAAAAGAGGAACUAGAGGCGGCCAAACUGGAAUACGUGGGGCUGGUGCAAGCUGAGCAGCUUCUCAAAGAACGGUAUCCACAACUGUACCAAGAUGUUUUGAUAUCUGGAAUUGUGGAAACGCAGAAAAGCGCCCGCCAUGGUCCGGAAACCGGCGCAAAAAGCAGACUGAAGGAAGUAUUGAUGGUGGCAUGCCGGGAGCCGAGCAUCAAUAAAUACACUUCCGGUACAUCUCUGUACGAAUAUAAUUCAUUGAAACGCUCUGAGAAAAUGCUGAUGGGUAUGCAGAAUAAGGCGGAGUUACCACAAAGGUAUCAGCCCAAGAGGAUGACCAUCAUGGAAGUAUCCCCCCGCGGUAAGCACAGUAAGAAGACGUCCCGUGGGGACUCCACCCAGAGGUCGGUGGCCGGGUCCUCCAUCAGCGAGUUUGAAGACGUACUGAGGACGGUGGAAUUCCAGCAGUCCAAGAUAGACCAGCUCACCAAACGACUCGGUGGCGGACCAGAGGAAGACGAUACAACACUCAGUAGGGCACUUAAAAUCACCAAGCGAUUCAAAGACUUCCGGGACAAGGAGUACGCAGGCGCGUACCAUGAGAUGAGCCUAUGGAACCAAGGCAAAGACACUGAAAUCAUGUAUAACCUCAUGCGGAUAAUACGGUACGCCUAUUCUUACUGCCAGACGGCUGCAUACGGGCAACUCUUGGACUUAACCACAACCUCAGCAGUGCCACUACUGCAGCCCAUUAAACUUCCGUAUCUGGAAAAUUCGCCAACACGAGAGCAACGAUUAAUGCUAUCAUCAAAGGGAAUGAAAUACGUCAAGGGAUUGCGACAAGAAGUGGCUACCAUGUCUGUACCUCAACUUUGCAAGAAAUUUAAAGAAACAACAAUAGAGAGAGAUUUCCGAUGGGAUCAUACAAAGCUUCCCAUUGUUCUUAGUGACUACAUCGACAAAUGUAUAGAGAUUUUGUGGUUAAUGUGUGUACAAGACCCACCAAUGGCGCUUACUUGGCCGUCAGAGGGAGACAGAGUUGACACGGAUAAAUACGAGUUUUACUCUGAUAGCGGCAGAUAUGUGUCCAUGUGUGUCUGGCCUGCAGUUCUGUUACAAGACCGAGGAAAGGUUUUAUGUAAAGGAUCCAUUAUUGCAGCGAAAAGAUGAAAUAUCUAUAGAUGAUCUAUUAACUAGGAAUGUAUAUUUGUAAAUGUUAUUAUUAUUAAUAUAUAUAAUGUAGACUCGCACAUGUACGCACCUAAAAACCUUUUAUCUGGUUCUGCAUCUACAUGUAUGACACAGACUGUGAUACCAUAUACUAGAUUCCUCCCCAUGUUGCAAGUAGCAUAAUUUGUAAACUAGGUGGUGUGUAUUUUCAUCAUUUCAUCAUUUGUUAUGCCUUUUU